GUGCAUGUAGAGAGCACCAAAUCACUCGCCUGGUGCGAGGUCACGUGCCCCGAGCAGAAAAAGCUAGAAGGCAUGGGCGGGAGUUGUCUUACAUUCUGCCACAUUACGCUGUACACCUGUUCCCUCCAUUGUUCCAUGCUAUUGAGCAUGAGAUUAAGGAGAAGACUAAUCGACUUGGUAUAACCAGCUACGGCGUUUCAAUGACAACCCUGGAAGAAGUAUUCCUAAGUCUAGAAGGAGAGAACGCAGAAGAGACAGAAACGGUGGAAGGCGUGUCUUCAGUGAAGCUUGUGAGAGCGCGGGCGCUCUCCAGGAGUCUCUCUUUGCAGAGCAAGACCUUGAGCUAUCAGGAACUGAACGACAAGGAACAGAAAACGACGUCACUGCCCACACCACCGGCUUCCCAUGCUCUGCAUUCUACCACGCAUGGGGUGGAGCACGUCAAGGUACAGGUGACCCCUGAAGCGCCAGUAUCAGUGGACGCCCUAGGAGAACUGGUCAAAACCAACCCGUCAUGUUGGCGAACAUUCUGCGCCUUGGUCUACAUCAGGACCGUCCGUAUGAUCCGGGAUCCCUACAAGCUGUAUGUCAUGAUCUUCAUGCCUAUAAUAUCCUGCGCUCUCGGUCUCUACAUGAAGUCAAGACAGAUUGUAUUUUUUCGGAUGCAGCCGCUCAAAUUGGACCCUAACGCCUAUUUCAAUAAGACCCCAAUUGCAAUAUUCAGUGAAACGAACGACUUCAAAGAAGUAUCCGACUUGAGGGAUUCCCUCGAAAUGCUUGGAGCUCAUCCGAUCAUAGACUUUGACGGAAACUUCUCGAGUCUUCUCGAUAUGGAGAAUUUUGGAGCAUUCAAUCUGAAAGGAAGCUUGGUGCCAGGUUUUGGGAAAGCAAUGGCCUACUACAAUAGCACGUAUACGCACAGUUUGCCUAUCAUUAUCAAUUUGUUGGACAAUAGUAUUUAUAGGGUUUUAAUGUCAGCGUCAGGUCUCCUCGAAAGUUUCAAGCCGAUCGAGGUGCUGGCCCACCCGUUCCAACAGACGGAACAGCAAGAAGAGUUCAACGUGGGCAACGUGGUGUGUGCCAUCUUUAUGGGCAUGAUCUUCGCUCUGGUGCCGGUUACGCUGGCUGUGGAUAUUGUUUAUGAUAGGGAGAUAAAAGCCAAGAAUCAGUUGCGGGUGAACGGGCUGUCGAUGAGCAUGUACUUCCUCACUUACUUCACGAUCCUGAUCUUCAUCAUGAUCAUCACAAGCGCAGGAGUACUAGUUCUAGUGAUCCUCAACGACAUCCCGAGCCUGACCAACGGCUCCGCCAUCAUGAUGCUGUGCUUCCUACUUAUUCUCUACAGCCCGUCGGCCAUCUUGUUCAACACGUGCCUGUCUUACGUGUUCGACAAGAUGGACUCCGCUCAGAGCAUCAUGCCAAACAUUACUACGUGGGUCGGCGUCAUACCGUUUAUACUGGUCGCUGUUAUGGAUACUUUUAAAUGGGGUAGCGAUAUAGCGUUCUAUCUUCAUUUAGUGUUUAGUUUCUUGGAUGUUAUGUACAUACCUUAUGCAAUCAUCUAUUACGUUGAUAGAGUAUACCUGACGUGCAACCUACGCGGGCUGUGCACGACGCCAGCGCUGUCCAGCUACUUCACAGCAGAAGUGUGGGUGCUGAUAGCAGCCAUGCUGUUCCACGUACCAGUCAGCGGGGCUGUACUGCUGGCUGCUGACCGGUGGAAGUCAGGCGGCAGGCUGUGUAAGCGCAAACGCAGCAGUAGCGAGAGCCCGGUAGACCUGGAGACAGACAUGGGCGGCUGCGAGGCGGGCGAGGACGAGGACGUGCGCCGCGAGCGCCGGCGCGUGGCCGCCGUCAUGCAGCAGCCCAGCGCCAACGCGCCGGUCCUUGUUGUGCAUAAUCUGCGCAAAGAGUACAAAGUCCGCGGCACGGGCACCAGCUGCUGCGGCGGCGGUGGCGACGAGCCUCGCGCCAGGGCUCGGCGGGCAGGCCUGGCCCGGCUGAGUUUAGCCGUACACGGGGGCGAAGUCUUCGGCCUGCUCGGACACAACGGCGCGGGGAAGACCACCACUAUGAAGAUUAUCACGGCUGAGGAGCGGCCCACUUGCGGCACUGUGAUGCUAGGCGGCGAGAGCAUCGACAGCCCGCAGGCGUCGACGUUCCAGAUGCUAGGCUACUGUCCGCAGCACGACGCGCUGUGGAAGAACGUCACCAUUCGCGAGCACAUCGAGUGCUACGCCGCUAUCCGAGGCGUCAGCAAGAGCGACACGCCCAGGAUAGUGGACGCGUACCUAAACGGCUUGCAAAUAAUGGAGCACGCGAGCAAGAACGCGGACGAAUGCUCGGGCGGCACGCGCCGCAAGCUGUCGUUCGCGCUCGCCAUGGUGGGCACGCCGCGCGUCGUGCUGCUGGACGAGCCGUCCACGGGCAUGGACCCGCGCAGCAAGCGGUUCCUGUGGGACACCAUCCUGGCCAGCUUCCAGGGUAAGAAAGGUGCUAUUCUGACGACACAUUCCAUGGAAGAGGCUGAUGCUUUAUGUUCUAGAGUUGGGAUUAUGGUUAAAGGUGGUCUUAGAUGUAUUGGUUCGACACAACACUUGAAGAAUUUGUAUGGCGCUGGCUACACGUUAGAAAUGAAGAUUGGGCAGAGUAAUCAGAAAGUGAUGAUGGAGCCCGAGCUAUCGAUGUCUCCAUCGCCGCUCCGGUCGACAGAGAAUUCUCCCUCGUUAGGGGAAGCUGAUGAGGGGGGCUCCGGCGGCGGGUCAGUGUGCCCCGAGACAGAGGCGGAAGCGGAGGCCGAGGCGGUGGACGUCAGCAUACACACGCCGCUCGUGGCCGGCACCCCGCCCCCCGCGAGGCAACAGCACCACAGGACGGAGUCAAGCGGCGGAGGGCUCAGUGCAGAGGCAGCUAUAGCGUUAGUGAGCCAGAUCUUCCCAUCGGCGAUCCUGGAGGAGAACUUCGCCGAGCGGCUGGUCUUCUCGGUCCCUCAGUCCUCGGUCUCCAGCCUCGCCAGGUGUUUCCAGCAGAUUGAGGAUGCUAAAGAGAAGCUGAACAUAGUAGAGUACAGCUUCAGCCAGACAACGCUAGAGCAGGUAUUCCUCAAGUUCGCGCAAACCGAACAAAACGUCGAGUCUUCGGACCAAGAGCAUUAACACUAGAUGUAAGCUGUUGAUGAAGAUAGGUCAACCCUGGGCAUUGUCAAGUGCGGUAGUCAAUGUUUUUUAUCAAACGUUGUUAAGGCUUUGCUUUUUGAUUAAGAAAUUGAAGCGAGAACAUGCUCGGUUAAAAUUGUUGGACUACGCUAUUAAGACGUUUGUGUUGCCAUAGCACGGACUAAGACUGUAUAACGCUGUGCCGAAACCUAACUCGAAAACCUAACUUAACAUAACUAGAAAACCUAACCUAACUUUCGAAAACCGAAUAUACUAAAAACUAAUUCUCUUAAAUCUAUAUCGACAAACCUAACUCUUACGUUACUUAAUUGAUGAAUUGUGGCUUCGAUCAGUUUUAUCGAUUAGGCGUUAUUCGGCAUGGCGUUACGGUCCGGACUAAACGGUUCAAGCCGUCCAUACCAAAGUCAAACUGUUCGGUAUUAAAAAUUUGUUUUUUUUUGUUCUGUUUAGGAAUUAAAAUGUAAUAAGUCCGUCUAUUGCAGGUACAACUGUGUAGUAGUCUAUGAGUAACGUGCUUUAGGUUAAGUAAGCGACUACGAGCCCCAGAGUUCACCUACCCUCAACGUGGUAAGUCGAACGAAAUGUCUGGCUCGGCGGAUGCAUACCAAACUUGUUGUGAAAUAUACAUAUUUUAAUUUCGUACUUCGCCUGGAUAGAAUGCUU